GUUGGAAGACACACAACAAGACUUAAAGGUGCGCGUGUGUUUAGUGACAGUGCUGCCUCCGUAGACUAACAGCUACAAUUUCUGAAGUCAUUAGGACCCACCCAUCGGCCAUGCAGUUUCCUGCUAUCCCUGGAACCCAAGUGUCCACGCCUGUGUAUGGGAAGAGCAAUCGAAUGCAGCAGCACACGCCACUGUCCCACAAGCUGAGCUGCGUCUGAUCCCAGUCCUCUACUCAAGACAGCCCCAGCAUGGAGAGCCCCUUGAGUGCAGAAUCAGCUCCCCCAACCCCAGCUCCCAGAAACCAUACUCCUUCUCCAAGACCAAGAGCUGAGGCCCAAGAGUUGAGAAUGGAGGAGAAAGAGAGAACAGCGGACACAGAGGAGGACCCUAUAUAUCUGUCUCUGUUAUCAGAAGUGUCCGUGCUUGUGGAUGAGCCAGCAGAGGAUGCAUCAGAGAGGGCUGAGGAGAGAGCUGAGAGAGAGGCUCAGAGGCAGCUCCUGGCCACAGAGGAGCUGGUCUACACAGAGAGGAACUACCUGAGACUCCUCCAGGUCUGCACCUGCACCAUCAGGAGCAACCUGCAGAAACUCCAGCCACAGCUGCCUAACCUGGACAGCAUGUUCCUGUACAUAGAGGAAGUGAUCGACGUGUCAGGGCGCCUCCUUAGCCUCCUGGACCAGAAGCAGUUGACACCCCAUGAUCCUCUCUUCCUGGAGACUCUAUGUGAUGCCUUCCUCAGUCUAUCAACAGACAUGGAGUCGGCAUACAAGGAGUACCUGGCCAACUACAACACCGUCACAGCGUUAGAGAACAGCUACAAGCAGAAAGAUGCCCUGUGGACUGAGAUAGUGAAAGUCAUCAAGUCCUCAGAGCCAGAGGUGAAUGCCACCUCUCUGAGCUUCUUCCUGGUGAUGCCAGUCCAGAGGAUCGCCCGCUACCCUCUUCUCCUCCAGACCAUCAUGAAACACACAGAGCCUGGGCACCCGGCCUACUCUCUUCUGGAGCAAACUGCCCACACCGCCAUAGCCCUGAACUGCAGGAUCAAUGAGUACAAACGCUUCAGGGAAGUAGCCGACAAAUACAAGAAGACGGAAACCCUGACUAUAAGGGAUAAGAUGAAUCGUCUGAACAGCCACAGCAUCGCUAAGAAGACGGCCAGACUGAGUCAGUUCAUCAAACAUGAGACAGGGAUUGCACCAAAGCUGGUAGAUGAGGAGUUUGAUGCCUUGGAGGGAUUUUUCUAUCUCCUUGAAAAUGGUAUCACCGUGCUACAUGAAAAUGUGGAGACAUAUCUAGACCAUCUACAGAGGUUUCUUAGCUGUCGACCAGAGGAGUUUGAUCUUGACAUGGAUGGUGAGAAGCCUGCUAUAUGCUACAAAGAAAUCAUAACAGCACUGAGGCAAUGGAUACUUCCUACAUUUGAGAAGAGGAUGAGGACUUUGGUCCACAAGCCCAUCUGUGCCCUGAGAGAGCUCCUGGCGGGGCCUCGUAACCUGAUCAGUAAGCGUCUGGACAAGCUGCUGGACUACGAGCUGAUCGAAGAGAAGCCCAGUCUGAGCUACGAUGAGCAGGCGGUGGCUAACACCUAUAAGACCAUCAACACCCUGCUCCUCAACGAGCUGCCCCAGUUCAACGGCCUGGCCCUCACCCUGCUCUGGGGCAUGCUGGGGGCUUUCAGCUGCCUGCACAAGGACCUGGCUAAAGACAUGGAGCAGCUCUUCCAGGGCUUCACCCAACAGCUCCCUCACGGUUCCCUGGAGCCGAAUGCAUUCUGGGAGUGGGCGGAGUGUUCGGUGCUGGAGGGUGCAAGGAGGCUGGAGAGCCUGUGUUGGAAUGUGAAGGACCAACUCAAUGCUCCCAUUGUCCAGCCUCUCAGCCCUGGCUCUCAGAAGCGUCUGAAGGUCCUCACAGACAAGCACGGCUCAGGGAAGAUCUACCAGCUGAUGGGUCAUGUGGUGGGGACCAGAGACCUGGACCUGAGCCUGAACAGAGGAGAGCUGGUGGCCAUCAUCAGUGAGAUGGACACACGGGGGGACAGACGACGAUGGCUGGUCGACGCUGGGGGUCCAAGAGGAUACGUCCCCUCCUCCAAGCUGGUACGUUACCACCAGGUAACUGUGGACCCUCCCCCAUCCCCUCAUCUGAUCACUACCAUGGAUCACGCUGGGGGGGUCAGACGACACUCCUGCACGCCUGGCGUCGGGCGACCCUCCUACACCCCUGAUACCCCCCAGCCCCAGCUCCUGAGGUCUAUGUCGUUGACAGUUCCCUGCCUCCAGGUGCUCGCAGGCUAUGACUUCAUGGCAAGGAGCAGUCACGAGGUCUCUCUGAGGGCGGGGGAACCAAUCAGAGUCCUGGAGCCCCAUGACAAGAAGGGUAGCUGUGACUGGAGCCUGGUGGAGGUGCGGGGGCAAAGGGGAUACGUGCCCUCCAACUACCUGACAGUGAUGCCCACAUCCACAAUGCCCACCGCCCCUUACCGCUAGGGUUGCCCUGGGUAACCAGCCACCAGCCGGUCUGAGCUAGACACUGCCACUCAACCCUUCACUGCCACAAAGAUCAUCUUAGCAGGGGAAGCCUACAUCCACAGGAGAGAGAGAGAGCGAGAGAGAGAGAAGGAGAGUUUGUGUGCUGUUGAUUGAAUCACAGAUUUGUGUGUGAAGUGGCGAGGCUGGCAUUUGCAGGUAGAGUGCUCCAAGCCCUCAACUGCAGCUCUUAUUAGCAUGUAAGUGGGAGGCCGCUUCCAUCACCAGGAACCAGGGGUGCAAUGCUGCUUUUUCCCUGGAGAGACUGACUGACUGACAGGCAGGUAGGAAUGCCUCAGCACAGCAUGAUGAUAGAGGAGAGCAGGCAGUCCAUCAAGCUUAUCUGUCUGUCUGGAGUACUCACUCACUCACUCACUCACUCACUCACUCACUCACUCACUCACUCACUCACUCACUCUCUUACGCACACACACACACACACACACUAUGUAGUCUGGGCGCUGGCAGUUAAACAGAUGGAAAUAUGUACAAACUCCAUUUUGAUGUACCACUAGCACUGUCAGGUGACUUGGCCACUGACGUUGACAGUAAUGCAGAUUAUGCUUAGGGGAAAUAAUUUUCUGAUUUCUAGGAAGAAUGAGGUCGGCAAACCUUAAUGCUCGAUUGCAUGGUCAAAUAAGGAAAGUGGUUAAGAUAACUUGUUCGAAUGGAUGAAGCGGAUCUAGUUUGAUUCCAGACAUGAAAUGGCAGCAAAGGUGUGUUACUAAAGCAAUGACAUAUUAGGUUGCUUUUUUUAUUUUACAAGUGAGUUAAGAACAAAUUCUUAUUUUCAAAGAUGGCCUAGGAACAGUGUGUUCCAGAAUGGCAGAUCUGUACCUUGUCAGCUCGGGGAUUCGAACUUGCAACCUUUCGAUUACUAGUCCAACGCUCUAACCACUAGGCUAGCCCUGAUAUUGCUUUAAUAAGACAGUUGUUGUACUGCAGCUAGCGGAGCCUUCUCAUUGGUCCAAAUAUCAGGGCAGAGUGAGAAGACCAGACAUUACCUGGUGCUGCAUUUGGGCUGACUGGUCUCGACAGACAUAACUGUCUUCUCUCAGCUGGCCACAAGGGGGCGCACCACACCAGCGCUCACCCAACAGAUGUCUGUUGGCUUUAACUUUAGCCUCUUCAUUAUUAGCUCAGUCGACAGUGACGUUAAUCUUCUGGUGGAUGUCACACAACCUAAACAUGUUCAUAUCUUACCAGUGUGAUCAUGGCAUUCCUUUUGCUGUCAAUAUCUGCUACAUAAUAUGAUCUAAAGAGAACGUUCUCUCUGUAAGCCCACUGUCACGGUAUAGAUGUCAUGUUUUUUAAAUUGUUUUUAUUUCAUUGAUUUAACACAGCAGGACCGUGCGUCAGGCUUUUCAUAAUAAUCUCGGAUGAUAUGAAGGAAGAAAUCGCUGUUUGAAAGGGAGCACGGCUCUGUCAGUGCAGCAGAGUCACUGUUAUGCAGAUUGGUGCAGAGUAGUCACUGUGCCCUGGGUAAUACAGCGCUCAAGCUGGGUAUGCAGCUCUUCAGAUAGUCACCUCUAUUUUACCAUGUUGACUCAGAACAGGAUUUGUAUUAGGCUCUAAGAUGGUGCAGUUUCAGAAUUGUAUAUAUCAUUUAAGGAAAGGCAACAUACCUGAAGAUAGUGGUGGUCUAUAUGAGAGUUAUGAUAACAGAGCUUUCACUAGGUUAGCAACAAAAUGGAGGGUAAUCACGUGUAAAAUGGAUGUCAGGGCUUUUAAUGUUGUACUAACCAAACGAUGCUACUGAGUGACACGUGUUGUCUUCCAUAUGACAUUUAAACGUGUGGCGUAUUCUGUGUUUGUGGUCGUCACUGCCUCAGCUAAGGACGGGUUGUCACCAGGGAUGUGAUGCAGUGACUCCCUGCAGCUACCGCUAACCCUAGGAUGACAGAACCCUACGCAGCUCUAAAAAUAAACGUUCUCUCAUUCAAUGGUUCUAUAAAUAGCCCACUGUCUGUAUAGGAUCUUCUGUUGGACCCUUGGCCUCCCCCCGCUGGUCACUGUUGGAACAGCAGUUUUACUCCAGCUACCUCUUCUGGGUGGUACAUCGCAAAACAGCUACUGCAAUACUACCUCUAAAGUGUUUCUGGGCUGCUCCUGGCGUAAUGCUCUAAGGGAGUAUACAGAAAGCAAUUAGAUUGGUUUUACUCUCUGUCUUAGAUAAUUGGGCUCCUGAUUGUGAGGGAAAUCCAGUGCUUUAAUCAGGCAGGGCGAAUCAAGGCGUCCAUGUUGUUUCUGUCAGAAUGUACAUCACAAUAACAAUGUCUAUCUGGCUGCAGCCUCAUAUUUGUGCUGGGCAGAAUUUAUUGUCCAAUCACGGGGGGCUAUAUUACAGCAGUCAAGGGAGAGAGCAUCUGUGUGCCGGGGGGCAUUUUUCCUGGAAGAGUUCCCCUCCCAAUUUGGGAGGAAGAGUUGAAUCACAUUGAAUGUGAUGGGGGCUGAUCCAUCCAAGCCGCACUAGGCUGGCCACAGAAAUGGCAGCAGUAGGCCUGUCCUGGGCGCUUUAAACCAGGGCUGUAUUUGGUAACCAUUUGGCAACGCUCCUGAUGCCGUUGCUUCUUUAAGGCCCUGUCAGCUGAUCUCUCUGGCACAACCAAUUUAGUUUUAACAAUAGCUCGUCCCCUGUACUGCUGGACUAGAAUGUGAACGUCUCCCCUGGCUUGUAGCAAAUGUCUGGGGUUUAGAAGGUAGUGGUGAGACAGGUUAGGGAGGCACAUGACACUCUGCCCCCAUGCAGCCAGGAAGCCCCUUUCUCCUGAUGUUCCCCUCGGGGACCUGGGGAGAGAGCCACUGACAUGGUGCACUGGCUAACUGUGUGUCAGUCAGUGGAGGGACGGAGCGGGAGUGGGCCAAGGCAGCAGAGCAGAUCUCCUAGUCAGGGGGAUUGACUAGGCAAAAAAUUCACAAAAAUCCACAACAUCAGGAGUUUAUUGCUUUCUCCAGACCCUCUGAAUAAGACAUGAAUAGAGAUGGAACAUGGACACACACACUGACAUUCUGUAAGAAAUGCAGUUCACCACGUUCCCUUAAACUUGAUACAAUUUAAUCCAUAAGUUUGCUCCACAUUGACUUGAAACUUAAUUCGUUAUGCCUUUUGCAUUUGAAGGAAGUUAUUUGGCCUGCAAUAGACUAGAAUCCUGUCCAGAGAGUGUACUUGUACAUCAAGCUGCUGCACGCUACUGAAAGAGGAGAUACAACGCCCCAUAGGGCAGAAGCCUGUCUUCAACAGGGACACUUAAGUGACAUUUAUAAAGUCAUUGCUUUGAUGUUCUAUAACUCCAUGCUUUCAAUUGGCCAAACAUAUUUUGUAACCAAAGAGUAGUCAAGGAUUGUUUACAUGUUGAUCUGCCCUGUGCUGUAUAGGGCAGUGCCCUUUCCCUUAAUGGAAAUCACAUUGACCCCUGUGUGUGGUGACAGUGGGACAGAAUGGUCUGGGGCCUAAUCAGACUGAAGGAGGGACCCAGGCAAGAGAGGAGAUUUGAGGGCCAGGAGGAUAUGUGGUUAAAGGUGGAGGCAACACCCCCUUCCUCCUGACUUUUCCUAAAAUGAUGGCUAACUCUGACUCCAUGGCCUCCUCUCUUUCUCUCUCACUAUCUGUGAAUUGUGGCACUGAGAUGCCACUCUUUCUUUAUUUAAACCCUUCGAUAUGCAGGCAUGGACUGUCAUGGCUACUGGCCAGCAUUUGUCCCGCAUGGUGGACAGGCAGCCGCUCAAGGUCUGUCUUGUUUUUCAACAGGGAGGACACGGCACUACCUCUCCAAUUAUGUGAAGAGCCUGACUGUGUUUUGAAACAGCCAGGCAGGCGGUCCAUACGUAAGCUCUCGAGCCCUCUCCCUACUCCCUAGAGCCCUCUCCCUACUCACUAGAGCCCUCUCCCUACUCCCUAGAGCCCUCUCCCUGCUCUCUAGAGCCCUCUCCCUACUCCCUAUAGCUCUCUCCACCUCUCCUUACUCCCUAGAGCCCUCUCCCUACUCCAUAGAGCCCUCUCCCUACUCCUUAGAGCCCUCUCCCUACUCCCUAGAGCUCUCUCCACCUCUUCCCAUCUCUAGAGCUCUCUCCACCUCUCCCUAGAGCUCUCUCCACCUCUCCCUAGAGCUCUCUCCCUACUCCCUAGAGCCCUCUCCCUACUCCCUAGAGCCCUCUCCCUACUCCCUAGAGCCCUCUCCACCUCUCCCUGCUCUCUAGAGCUCUCUCCACCUCUCCCUGCUCUCUAGAGCCCUCUCCCGACUCCCUAGAGCCCUCUCCCUACUCCCUAGAGCUCUCUCCACCUCUCCCUGCUCUCUAGAGCUCUCUCCUCCUCUCCCUGCUCUCUCCUCCUCUUCCCAUCUCCAGAGCUCUCUUCCCCUCUCUAGAGCGCUCUCCCCUUCUCCCCCUCUACCUGUUCUUCUCUCUAGAGCUCUCUCUCCCUACACUCUCUUGUAAACAGUACUGGCCUAGGAUGUCAGGGAUGUAAACAGUCAUCACAUGGGUGCAGGACUUAGCGCUUGCGAUAGUUUGGCACUCAGAGACACGCAGAGGGGGGAAGGAGGAGGGGGAUGUUUAUGUUCAAUGUUAGAAAGGAGCCCAUCCCAGUCAUCCGACCUGGCACAAACUAUAUGGCAUGUCCCCCUCUGGCAACCCGAUAAGGCACUUUAUAACACUUACAUGACACUAAGCUCUAUAGCGUUUCAUUUAUUCAAACUCUUGGAGUUCAAAUUCGUAAUCGCUGCAGUGAAAGUUUAGCUGAUGCUGUGAGCUAGAGAAAUAUUUGUUUUGAUUAGAUUUGGUACUAUUUUAAUCUCGCUCUUUAAACUGUCAAUCAUCUCAUGUUCUCUUGUUGCUGUAGUGUACAGUAUGGACUAUAGCUUACAGCCAAAUUAAAUGCUAUAUUGCUAUAGCAGGAAAUAACUUUGUUUUUUCAGUUGUACAUGUUUACAUUAAACAUAUAUACAGUA